GUGUUUGGAAACUAGACCAUGUGCCUAGGUAGAUGUCAUUCCUUUCUCCAUAGCUCUACACCCCCAGCAACGCUCACCACACCCUUGUUUUGAGAACCUCUCUGAGUCAGUCCAGGAGCAGUCUGCAGACGUGUAUUUGGAAGCCACUGGACCAGAUCAUUUCUGAGGUCCCCUUCAGCUCUAACAUCCUCCCUUGCCAGCAUCCAGCCAUGGGGGAUAUGAAAACUCCAGAUUUUGAUGACCUUCUGGCUGCCUUUGACAUCCCAGACCCCACUAGCCUCGAUGCCAAGGAGGCCAUCCAGACCCCCAGUGAGGAGAAUGAGAGUCCCCUCAAACCUCCAGGCAUGUGCAUGGAUGAGAGUGUGUCCUUGUCUCACUCAGGAUCAUCCUCAGAUGUACCGGCCGUGAGUGUCAUUGUCAAGAACACCAGCCGCCAGGAGUCGUUUGAAGCGGAGAAAGACCACAUUGCUCCCAGCCUCCUACACAAUGGAUUCCGGGGCUCGGACCUGCCUCCAGAUCCCCACAACCUGGGCCACAACUGUGGGAAGUUUGAUUCCACUUUCAUGAACGGAGACAGUGCCAGGAGUUUCCCUGGCAAGCUAGAACCUUCCAAGUCAGAGCCGUUACCGACCUUUAACCAGUUCAGUCCAAUCUCCAGCCCAGAACCUGAGGAUGCCAUCAAAGAUAAUGGGUUUGGAAUGAAGCCCAAGCACUCUGACAGUUAUUUUCCACCCCCUCCUGGGUGUGGGCCUGUGGGGGGCCCAGUCCUGGAGGCUCUGGCUAAGUUUCCGGUCCCAGAGCUCCAUAUGUUUGAUCACUUCUGUAAGAAGGAGCCCAAGCCGGAACCUCUGCCCAUGGGGAGUCAACAGGAACACGAGCGAGGUGGGCAGAAGGUGGGGGAGCCUCACAAGGAGCUGGAUGCCAGUCGAUUCUUUGGGGAAGCUUUGGAAUUCAACAGCCACCCCAGCAACAGUAUUGGAGAGCCGAAGGGGCUUGCCCUGGAACUUGGCGCUUGCUCGUCAGUCCCCCCCAGGCAGCGCCUGAAGCCAGCUCACUCCAAGCUUUCCUCUUGUGUUGCAGCCUUGGUGGCCCUGCAGGCCAAAAGAGUGGCCAGCGUCACCAAGGAGGAUCAACCCGGCCAUGCAAAGGACCCCUCGGGGCCCACUAAAGAGGGCUCCAAAGGUAGCCCCAAAAUGCCCAAGUCACCAAAGAGUCCCCGGAGCCCCCUGGAGGCCACCAGAAAGAACGUCAAGCCAUCGGACAGCCCUCGGAGCAUCUGCAGUGACAGCAGUAGUAAAAGCUCCCCUUCAGUGGCUGCCAGCUCCCCACCAGCAAUCCCCAAAGUCAGAAUCAAAACCAUUAAGACGUCCUCGGGGGAAAUCAAACGGACGGUCACGAGGAUCCUGCCGGACCCUGACGAUCCCAGUAAGUCCCCCGUUGGGUCACCUCUGGGGAGUGCCGUUGCCGAGGCCCCCAGCGAGGCGCCGGAGGAUGAGGGCACCGCCCUGCCGGCUGUGGCGCCCUCUCCGGAGGUGGGCACAAGUUCCGGGAGCCCCCAGGGUGACAAGAAAGGGGAUGAGGGCACCCCGAAGACCGGUGAAGCGGCGUCUCCGUGCGGCAGCUCCGGGCCCCGGGGCCCAAAGGGGGCUGCCCCUGGCGUGCAGAGCGGCAAGAAGCAACAGCAGAGCACGGCGCUGCAGGCGUCCGCCCCGGCCCCUGCCACCCUCCUGCCCAAGGCCGUGCACCUGGCCAACCUGAACCUCGUCCCGCACAGCGUCGCCGCGUCCGUGACCGCCAAGUCCUCGGCGCAGCGGCGGAGCCAGCCGCAGCUCCCGCAGAUGUCGGUUCCCCUGGUCCACCAGGUGAGGAAGGCCGCCCCGCUGGUGGUGGAGGUCUUCAACAAGGUCCUCCACAGCUCCAACCCCGUGCCCCUCUACGCGCCAAAUCUCAGCCCCCCCGCCGACAGCAGGAUCCACGUGCCGGCCAGUGGCUACUGCUGCCUGGAGUGCGGGGACGCGUUUGCCUUAGAGAAGAGCCUGAGUCAGCACUACGGCCGGCGGAGCGUCCACAUCGAGGUGCUGUGCACGCUGUGCUCGCAGACGCUGCUCUUCUUCAACAAGUGCAGCCUGCUCCGGCACGCCCGCGACCACAAGAGCAAGGGGCUGGUCAUGCAGUGCUCGCAGCUGCUCGUGAAGCCCAUCUCCGUGGACCAGAUGUUUGUGUCGGCCCCCGCCAGCUCCCCGGCACCAGCGGCCCCGGCGCCCCCCGCCUCCCCCAAGCCCGGCCUCACUGCGGCCACUGCCAGCCCAACCCUCCCGGCCUUGCCGCUCUACCCAGACCCCGUGAGGCUGAUCCGGCACGGAAUCAAGUGUCUCGAAUGUCACAGGCAGAUACGCGACUACAUGGCUAUGGCUGCCCAUUUCCAGAGGACGGCGGAGGAAACCGAGGGGCUGACGUGCCAGGUGUGCCAGAUGCUGCUGCCUAACCAGUGCAGCUUCUGUGCCCACCAGCGGAUCCACGCCCACAAGUCGCCCUACUGCUGCCCGGAGUGUGGGGCCCUCUGUCGCUCCGCCUACUUCCAGACCCACGUGAAGGAAAACUGCUUGCACUAUGCCCGCAAGGUGGGCUACAGGUGCAUCCACUGCGGGGUCGUCCACCUGACCUUGGCCUUGCUGAAAAGCCACAUCCAGGAGCGACACUGCCAGGUUUUCCACAAAUGUGCAUUCUGCCCCAUGGCCUUCAAGACUGCCAGCAGCACCGCGGACCACAGCGCCACUCAGCACCCCACCCAGCCUCACAGACCCUCCCAGCUCAUUUAUAAGUGCUCCUGUGAAAUGGUCUUCAACAAGAAGAGGCACAUUCAGCAGCAUUUUUACCAGAAUGCCAGCAAGACGCAGGUGGGCGUCUUCAAGUGCCCCGAGUGCCCACUCUUGUUUCUGCAGAAGCCGGAGUUGAUGCAGCAUGUCAAGAGCACCCACGGUGUUCCCCGAAACGUGGACGAGCUGUCAAGCCUCCAGUCUUCAUCGGACACGUCCUCAAGCCGCCCUGGCUCUCGAGUUCCCACCGAGCCCCCAGCCACGAGCGUGGCUGCUCGGGGCAGCUCCCUGUCCUCUAGCCGCUGGGGCAGGCCUGAGGCCCAUCGCAGGGCUGAGGCCAGGCCCCGGCUGAGGAACACUGGCUGGACCUGUCAGGAGUGCCAGGAGUGGGUUCCUGAUCGGGAGAACUAUGUGUCCCACAUGAAGAAGAGCCACGGUCGGACGUUGAAGCGGUACCCCUGUCGGCAGUGUGAACAGUCCUUCCACACCCCCAACAGCCUGCGCAAACACAUCCGCAACAACCACGACACAGUGAAGAAAGUCUAUACUUGUGGGUACUGCACAGAGGACAGCCCGAGCUUUCCUCGGCCCUCCCUCCUGGAGAGCCACAUCAGCCUUAUGCAUGGUAUCAGAAGCCCUGAUUUGAGCCAGACGUCCAAAGUCAGACCUCCGGGCGGACAUUCCCCUCAGGUGAGCCAUCUGAAGAGACCAGGCAGCGGAGCCGGGGACGCUCCGGGCAGCAGCAAUGGCGUGGCGGUCUCCUCUACCAAAAGGCACAAGUCCCUGUUCCAGUGUGCGAAAUGCAGCUUUGCCACAGACUCGGGGCUCGAGUUUCAGAGCCACAUACCUCAGCACCAGGCGGACAGCUCCACGGCUCAGUGUCUCCUCUGUGGCCUCUGCUACACCUCUGCCGGCUCCCUCAGCCGCCACCUCUUCAUCGUCCACAAGGUGAGAGACCAGGAGGAGGAGGCGGAGCCAGACGAGGGCUCCGGGGAGGAGGAGUCCAUGGAGACCAGGGAGAACGGACUGGAAGAAUGUGCCGGAGAGCCUUUGUUGGGCGACCCAGAGGCGAGAUCACUAGGCCCGGCUUCUGAGGAGGACGGUGCCCAGGAUGCUCAGAGUCACCCGCAGGCCUCUCAGGACCAGGACAGCCACGCACCGUCCCCUCAGCUGUGACCGGAGGCUCUGCAGUGCGUGCGGUCGGGGUGGUGCUACGGCAUCCCCCGCCCGCUGCGGGGACAGUGGGAGAGAGGAGGCCCCGCGCCCGUGGAGUGCGGCCGGCUGUGCCCUGGAGCAGUGUCUGCCCUGAGCUGCGGGCCCCGGGAAAUGUGUGGUCGCCCAGGACCCUCACAGCUCUGAAUCUGCUUCUGUUAUUUAUGGCUUUGUGCUGCUUCUUGGUACCCCAACUCCUGUCCGUGUCCUUCCAACCCCAGGCUGCUUACGUGGCCCGGCCCCAACGCUGUCAACUCGGCUUGAAGCCCCUCAGCGCUGUGCUCUUCUGGGAGGUUCCCGGGUGCUGCCCUCAGCCGGGGGUCUCCUCGGAGCGCUCCUUCCUGCCCGCAGAGCCGGAGAAGUGCUGAGGGUGCUGGCUCACUCCCUCGGAGAGCUCCCCCCGGGCGGCUCGGUGAGGGCCCUUGAUCACCUUGCCUUCCUUCCUGUCUUCUCUGACUCUUUCUCCCCCGAAAUAGUCCUGGAGGACGAGUUGUCACGUUGGCUCCUCCUGUCUGUGGGUGGGAGAGAGUUCUGCAGCGCCGCCCUCGCCGCUCGGCUCGGAGAGCGGGCAGCGCGCCAGGGCAGGCAGGCCGCGAGAGGCGGAGCCCGGCCGGAGGCGCUGUGCGUCCUUGUGCGUCCUUGUGCUGCCCGGGGGCGGGGGGCCGG